AUGGCCAAGGUAACACCUGCUCUUACCAUUCCCAUUCGAACGAUAGCACUCUAUUCCGACAGCGAAAUAGUUCUAGCUUGGCUGAAGAAACAUCCCUAUCAGCUUGAAACGUUUGUGUGCAAUCGUAUCGCAGAAAUUCAAGCUAAUACUUCGAACUACACUUGGAAUUAUGUUCGAUCAAGCAACAACCCGGCAGACAUCGUGUCUCGUGGGAUGCUACCCUGCGAGCUAAAGACCAAUGAAUUGUGGUGGACCGGCUCUGAAUCCAUCAACUCACCAGUCGUCAACUUUGAGCAUGUUAGCGGCAUCCCCGAUGAAAGGUUACCAGAAGUGAAAUCAAAUGUGGUAAUAAUGACGGCGCUUAUCUCAGAACCGCUGGCAAUAUUUGAAACUUGCAGUUCGUUUCGUCGACUUCAAUGGAUUAUAGGAUGGAUCCUACGCUUCUCGGAUAAUGCCCUAAAAAGGAAGAAUGUUAGAAUCACUAAUCGAAAUCUUACUGUACAAGAACUACGGCGGUCCAUGAUUGUCAUCGUGCGGGUAAUCCAGCAUAUCGAUUUCGAAGACGAAAUCCUACGAGUGAAAACCAAAACACCGUGCAAACGAAUUGGAAAUCUCAACCCGAUUUACACCGGCGAUGGUGUGCUUAGGGUCGGAGGACGGCUCAAGCACUCAAAACUUCCUGAAGAGUCCAAACAUCAAUUGAUAUUACCGCAUGCUAGUCCAGUCACUCAUCGAUUAAUUCGCGACAUGCACCAAGAACUACUCCAUGUUGGACCUGCUGCGUUACUUUCGGCAGUCAAACAGCGUUUUUGGUUGCUACGUGCUCGAUCAGCAAUUCGCAAGGUAACUAGAUCGUGUGUAAAAUGUUUCCGCACCAAUCCAACUAGCAUUUCGCAACUUAUGGGUGAUUUGCCACGACAACGAGUUACACCGUCCCCCGCAUUCAGCAUCACUGGCGUGGACUAUGCUGGUCCGAUUUUCGUGAAGCAAGGAGCUUAUCGCCCGAAAGUAGUUAAAGCCUACAUAGCGGUUUUUGUGUGUAUGGCCACGAAAGCUUUACACUUAGAAUUAGUGUCGGAUCUAACAACUGAUGCCUUUCUUGCGGCUCUCCAGCGCUUCAUUAGUCGCAGGGGACUUGUAUCUGAAAUGCACUCAGAUAACGCAACGAAUUUUCAUGGUGCCAACAACGAGCUGCACAGAUUGUACGAGAUGUUCCGGAAUCAACCCGAAAUCAACAAAAUUGUGCAAUUCUGUAAUACAAAGGAAAUUGAAUGGCACUUCAUUCCACCAGAUGCACCCGAAUUCGGUGGCUUAUGGGAAGCUGCCGUAAAAUGUACCAAGACGCACCUAAAACGAGUGAUUGGAAAUACGACGCUUAAUUUUGAGGAAAUGGUUACUAUUUUGUGCGAAAUAGAGGCUGUACUUAACUCCAGGCCACUUUUCGCCUUAUCUGGUGAUCCUGCUGAUCCCGAAGUGAUUACUCCAGGUCACUUCCUGAUUGACCGCCCAAUGACUGCGCUACCUGAACCAGCUUUUUACAACUGCAACAUGGGUCGGUUGAAACGCUGGCAACAUCUACAGCUGCUUCGAGAGCAGUUUUGGAGGGCCUGGUCCAACGACUAUUUGAGCAGUCUGCAGCCGAGAAAGAAAAACUGGACCACGUCCAACAACGUCCGACCAGGUAUGAUUGUUUUGCUGCGCGACAAGAACCGUCCUCCGCUUCAAUGGAAACUGGGCCGCAUCACUGCUGUCCAUCCUGGUCCGGAUAAUCUGGAGCGCGUCGUGGAAGUUUUCAGCGAGAACAAGUUUUUUCACGUUCAAUUGCAAAGCUGUCAAUUUUACCUAUUGAGGAAAAUCAAGGCCAACCUGAUCAGUUAG